GAUUUUUGUUAUUGCUGUCCUGUGCAGCUUCUGUUGUUUGUCAGUUGUUUCAAAUCCAUCUGCUGUAGAGGUAGGAAAUGAACAGUGUUGUGAUGCUGCUGUGCAUUGCUGUGCUGGGUCGUGUUGCUGUGCUCCCUGUGAAGAGUCAGCAGAAAUGGCUGUGUUCUUAGCGACUGCUUGUUGGUGUGUAGGGUGAGAUGUUCAUGGCUCAGCUCCGCUAGAACGUGCAAAUUCACCACGUGUUUGACGUUGAUUCUGGAUUAUCAUUUCGUCAUUUCAUUUGCACAGCAUUUUACAGGUGUUGUGAAGUAGAGGCUCUCUCCAAAGUGAAGUAGACAUAAGAAACAUUUCAGGCAGUGUAAUCUUGUCCUUAAGAUGAUCAGAGAAUCAAUUCUGCAUUGUUAACUCCAAGGUUAGAUUUGUGUGUUUGCUGUUUGCCCAGUCAACAAGUAAAGCCCAGAGCUUGACUUUGAGAGCUAGCGUGAUGACAUGGGGAGGAUAAAGCUGCUGGUGUCAUCUCUAUGGAGCAUCAUGCCUCAGGUGGGCAGCACGGCAGAGCCCUUGGCAGGCUGCCAGCCAGCCACAUUGCCUGAUCUCUGAAGCUAUGGCUUUGAAGUGAAGAAGCAAUGGUCCUUCAAAGAAGUGAAGCUGAACUGUUAUGCAGAAUUCAGUAAGAUUCUCAUCUGUAUCAAAACUGGCCUUCUGAACAAAUCAAAACCUCACGUUGCACUGUGUAAACACUGCUGUAAGCUCUGCCUGGAGUGCUCCCUUGUUAUGGCAGGAUAAGAGGUGAAGGUAGAAUCAGAGCGAAACUUGGAGGGCUUCUCUGUUACUUUGAAUGGCAGCAAGCACCCAGUUGCUUCUGUGAAACUUAGGAAAGGUGCUUACGCCACCAGAAUUUUAGUUAGACCAGGGUAACAGGAGCUCAGGGAUUGCCUGAUGCAUGGGUGAUGGGCAGCCUUCGUUGUGUUUGGGCUGCAGGACUUUGUAGCUCUUGAACACUGGGCUGACUCUACCGUUAAACGGUAUAUGGGCAGGUGCCCUUUUCAGGCUGCUGUGUGCGUUUGGGAGAAACGGCAGUUGUUGGGGGGCACUGCUUGGUUGGCCGCUUCAGAGAAGCACUCAUCUUGUGAGGGCAGUGGGAAGUGGUUCUGUGGCAUAUGUGACGCACUGAGUGCUUUGUGGGAGCUCCAUGGCCGUUCAGCAAUUAGGCGGUUGCCUUCAGUUGCUGGGAAUUGAGCUCAGUAACCUGGGUGGUUUUCUUCUGUCUCGUCGCAUCGUUUUUACUAAUUAUUGGUAUGAGUCUUACAGCUUAGUUUAUAUGUUUUGCCCUUUUAUUGGAUUGUGCUUACAUGUGAAUUUGCUUUGUUUACAUACAUGAUGUUGGUAGCUAGCUUGUACCGUUACGCUAGUUGUGCUACAGUCAGUCCUGGUGAGCCCACCAGUUGGAAUUGCCAGGCCUACUUCUCUUUCAGAUACAUGUUCUAAUGAGGUCAGGGGUGAGUUACAUGCAUUAUGUUUGCACCUGAAUAUAUUGGUUGUAUGUCAAAAUCCAGUCAAUCCUCAUGAUUGGAAGGGGAAUUUCGGAUAAAGGUAGCACUGACAUCCCAGGCUGGGAAAGAGAAAGAGCUAAGCAGUUUUAGUGGAAAGCCUGACAUUCUGCCUUCUAAAAUAUAAAAAUAUCUCUUUACUUUUAGUUGCAGAUAUCCCGCAAAGAAUGAUGUAAGAUAGUUUCCUUUUGUAAAGUGACAAGAACUGCCAGUAUCCUCUCAGUGUGCAAACUGUGUGUGCGUGUGGCUGAACAGGGAAAGCCUGUGCCGUCAGUCUGCACCUAACCAGCAGCAGUCCAUGAUUAGUCUUGCUGCACUUCUUGUGUGACUGUGAGGUCCCUGUGAGCCGCCCGCAGCCUGUGGUGUUUGGGACUGUGUGUGGUACCGCAGGAGAAGCGGCAUUUCCGUCUGCAUGUGUUAUUCUUGUUACCUGUGGAUGGUGUAUUCUGGGCUAUGGGCUUGAGCAUCUGGUGCAUGAUGUUUAAAAGGAGCAGUUUGAAGUUAUUUUAGAAGUCAAAAACUGCUUUAUUCCUUUUAAUGACAGAACAUUUAGGGGUUAAUUGUAGGGGAUUUGACAAUUGCUUAGAGCAGCCAAGUGCUGCUUUUCUGUCAGCAGUGUAGCUCCCUGAAAACGCUUUGAAGUUCAAAGGUAGGAAAGGAUUAUCUAUGGAUUUCAAUUCUCCUUUCGUAUGCAUCUGUAAAAGAAUCUCACACAAACUUAAUUGAAUCGUGUAUUUCCUUUUAAUGUUGUAUUUGGGGAUGUAGGCUUUUCAAUACAGCCAUCCUUAGAAACCUGCCUUAGAGUGGACGGGUAAAUGAACUGCCUUAUUGAACACUGUAUUCCAGAGAAGUGACUGCUGUGCUGGCUCCUCUGACUGCUGGAGAAUAGCUAGCUAAUCCUGAGGGCUUGACAGGGAGGGUGUGAAUACCAUUCACUCCUUUAAACAGCAGUCGGGGAAAAAAAAACAUUAUUUGCUGUAUUUUUUAUUUUUUUAAAAGAUGCACAGUAGAAAGGAAAAGCUUCUGGAUGUUCCUUAUUUCAUGGUUUUUCUAAGUACGGUUAGGAGAAGGUGAACUCAGAAUAUACUUGUCCAAAGAGAUGCAGGGGCAGAAUUUUGGAUUUCCUUGUUCAACCCAAGGCUGUUAGUGUUUCCUCUUUGUGUAUAUGCAGUAUUACUUUGCUUUAGAUUGCUUACUUUUCAGACUGUGCUGAAACAAAACAAGAAGUGAAGAUUUUGACCAGGAAUGUGCUGCCUGCUGUUUCCCGGGGAGAUCAUGAAACGACGUCGGCUUCCUAGCAGCAGUGAGAAUUCUGACGACAAUGGCAGUCUGUCCACCUGGUCCCAGCAUUCCAGAUCGCACCGUCGGAGGUCUUCAUGUUCCAGACAAGAAGACAGAAAACCUUCUGAGGUGUUCAGAACGGACCUGAUCACUGCCAUGAAGUUACAUGACUCCUUCCAGCUGAACCCUGAUGAAUACUAUGUGCUGGCAGACCCCUGGAGGCAGGAGUGGGAAAAGGGAGUGCAGGUGCCAGUUAGCCCAGGGACCAUCCCAGAACCAGUAGCCAGGAUUGUGUCUGAGACAAAAGCUGUCACAUUUACACGUCCCCGGAAGUAUAUUUCUUCAUCAGGCACGAAGCCUCCAGAGCUGGGUUAUGUUGAUAUUCGCACAUUAGCUGACAGUGUGUGCCGCUACGACCUCAGUGAUGUGGAUGUAGCAUGGCUGCAACUUGCCAAUGAAGAAUUCAAAGAAAUGGGGAUGCCUGAGCUGGAUGAGUACACAAUGGAAAGGGUCAUAGAAGAGUUUGAACAACGAUGCUAUGAUAACAUGAAUCAUGCUAUUGAGACAGAAGAAGGACUUGGGAUUGAAUAUGAUGAAGAUGUUGUCUGUGAUGUCUGUCAGUCUCCAGAUGGAGAAGAUGGCAACGAAAUGGUGUUUUGUGACAAAUGCAAUAUUUGUGUGCACCAGGCCUGUUAUGGUAUCCUGAAGGUGCCAGAAGGCAGCUGGCUGUGCAGGACCUGUGCUCUUGGUGUUCAGCCCAAGUGCUUGCUGUGUCCCAAGAAGGGUGGUGCCAUGAAGCCGACCCGCAGCGGCACCAAGUGGGUUCACGUCAGCUGUGCUCUAUGGAUUCCAGAGGUGAGCAUUGGAAGCCCGGAGAAGAUGGAGCCCAUUACCAAGGUUUCUCAUAUUCCCAGCAGUAGAUGGGCAUUGAUAUGCAGCCUUUGUAAUGAAAAAGUUGGUGCUUCUAUACAGUGUUCAGUGAAGAACUGCAGAACAGCCUUUCAUGUCACCUGCGCAUUUGACCGUGGCUUGGAGAUGAAGACCAUACUGGCAGAGAACGAUGAGGUGAAGUUUAAGUCAUACUGUCCCAAGCACAGCUCCACCAAGAGAACAGAUGAUGAGACCUUCAGUGACCACCUGUGUCAAGAGAAUGGGAAUGGGAUUCAGGACAGCUCUCUUCCUGCCCACAUGGACCCUUUCCACAGCAUGGAUCAAAACCAGGAGGAAGCCCACAGAGUCAGUCUCCGCAAGCAGAAGCUCCAGCAGCUGGAGGAUGAGUUCUAUACUUUUGUGGAGUCUCUGGAAGUGGCUAAAGCACUGCGGUUGCCUGAGGAGCUGGUAGGAUUCCUUUACCAGUACUGGAAGCUGAAAAGAAAAGCCAACUUCAAUAAGCCAUUGAUUACCCCAAAGAAGGAUGAGGAGGAUAAUCUGGCCAAACGAGAGCAGGAUGUUCUGUUCAGAAGACUACAGCUCUUCACACAUCUACGGCAAGAUCUGGAGCGGGUGCGUAAUCUCACUUACAUGGUGACUCGACGGGAAAAAAUCAAGAGAUCUGUUUGCAAAGUUCAAGAACAGAUAUUUAACAUCUACGCAAAACAGUUGGAACAAGAAAGAGUUUCAGGUGUGCCUUCUUCAUUCUCCUCAAUGGAAAACGUAGUGUUGUUCAAUAGUCCAUCUUUGGGUCCCAAUGCCCCUAAGAUAGAGGAUUUGAAAUGGCAUUCAGCAUUCUUCAGGAAACAAAUGGGCACAUCUCUAACACACUCUUUGAAAAAAUCACACAAAAGAGACAGAGUAAGUAAUAGCUCUGGGAACAGUAGCAAAUCCACGCUGAGGCAGCCCAGCCAAAGGGGAGAUGGUGCAGCUCCAGGAAGCUUUUUAAAUUUUGACAAGAGCUUUGCAGAAACACGGAUUGUAUCAGCACAGCAGAAAAAUGGCAUAGUUGUGCCAGACCACAGAAAGACAAGAGACAAUCUUCCACAAUGCGAGGUAAUCAAGACAGAACUAAAGGAAAAAACUAAACAAAACCACAAACCACUGAGACCCACAGAACUCUCUCAGAGGCAAUCAGAAAACAAAAGGGCUGUGAACCACUCUAGUGGUAGGUCAGCACCUGGCACACGGAGGGACAUAGUGCCUAAAUGCAAUGGGGGUCUUGUCAAAAUAAACUCCAAUCAGACAGUAGUUAAAGUGCCUACGACACCCACGAGCCCAGUGAAAAACUGGGGCGGAUUCCGAAUUCCAAAGAAGGGGGAGAGGCAACAGCAAGGUGAGAGUCCAGAGGAGACCUGCCGCCAGAACUCCGGUUACCCCUACCUGAGCGUGGGCAGAGUUUCACCGAAGGAUAGGGCAAAAAGUAAGCCGAAGCCUGACAGUGAGAAUGAUGGGUACAUCCCUGAUGCUGAAAUGAGCGACUCUGAAAGUGAAGUAGCUGAAAAAAAGUGCAGACAGCAGAGGCUCAGCCCAAACAGCACUAUCAGCAGAAGGACGGACAUUAUUAGGAGAAGCAUCCUGGCAUCCUGACUGGGCAAUGGGGCACCAUGCUCAGUGGUCACUGCCUACAAACCAACUUCACUUUAUUUAUUGGUGUGAGAGGGGAGAGUUCUUAGACGUGGCUACAGACCGACAAAUAGAUAACCCAUUAUUCCUGAGCUGUAUGAACAUGUUUACAUACACUUAAAGCUGGAUUUUUUUGCCCCCCCUAACUCAUUCCGUGACCAGUUUGAAUCUCCUUUAUUUGCAACUUCCCUGAGUAAGCAGAGAAUUGGCAUCACUACUAAAACAGGAUUUGUGAUGAACAGUAAAGUAAGUCACAAAAUCAUCUAGGGGCUGGGGUGAGUAGUGGGGAAUUAGGCAGCAUCAUCCCUUUUCGCUAAACUGCACUGUUAAAAUUCUCUUCCCUUCCCCUGCUUUCUGAAAAAGCACAAGCUCUUAAUUUAACUAGUGUGUAUUGAAUCAAAGAUGGUUAUUAAUUUAACCAUAUUGCACUGCUACGCCCUGCUACAAAAGGUCACUUGCCUUGGAUGGUGGUAGGUCUUUGUCUUCUCUUUGCAGAAUGUUUGUUGUUGCAUUAGAUUUGAGCACAAGUGGCAGCUUAAAACCCUCCGUAAGCUCCAGAGUUGAUGUGUAGGUACAAGACCGAGAUGUUAAACUGGAAAAAAAGGAAGGGACAGGUCAGGGUUGCAGCUGCCUUACACUGCAACAGCUUAACAGUACUCAGACUGAGUGUGGAGAAAAGGCUCCAGUGGCUUAGUUCUGAGAGAGGGGCCGGGCUCACAGGUUACUGUGCCCUGUAGAAUAACCCGUCAGCAUUUCGUUACCUGCCUCCCAAACACCUUGAUAAUUCAAGCAACGAAAUGCUAAGGCACCAGUCAGUAGGAUUUUCCAAAACCCACCACAUAUGCACUAAUGGUAAAGCAUUGGGAAAGCCCAGCUUAUGACACUAAAGAGUUACCUUAAAAUGGACAGAAAUAUAUAUUUUUAAAUAAAAUGGAGAGGCAAUAAAUUGUCAUUAGCUCUUUACAGUCAAAUGAAAAAAAGCUAUUCUAUUCUGGACUAGAUUUGAUGGAAGAGGGAACUCGUAUGCAUACUUUUUUAAUAAUUGCAAAUGGCAAUAACAAGAAAGCUAUGAGCAAUAAUGUUAACAGUUCAUUAUGAUACUUUUUUUGUAGAGUGCACAUGUAACUGGAUUCUUAGGAGCCUGUAAAUUUUGGAAUUCUGCGUAGAUUUAACUUAGGUAUGCACUGGUGAAACGAAGGUUUCAGCUGCAAUGAGUUAGAGAAACACAGGCAUAAAGAACAACAGCCCAGCCUGCUGUUAACCACGCUCACUUGCAUUUUAUUGUUAGACCCUUGCCUCUCGAGCAGGGAAGAUUUUAAAGUACAGUAGAACUCUGCCGUAACUGAGUCUUCCAGAGGAUUCAAUCAGAAAAAGGCUUAUUAACACCCCGUCUUGCUAUGCAAGUUGUAACUACUUCAAUAUUGCAACAGAAUGUAUCCCUGUCGUUUAUGUUUUAAAACUCUGAAGUCUGAACCUUCUGAUAUCUUCUGGGGUGAUGCUGAGAAAAGGAAGUUUGGUUUAACACGGUGUUUUUUUGAAAGACCAUUGCUGGACCCAGGAAUUUGGAUUGACCUCAUGACUUGCACAGAUUGAAGCCCAAUAGGGCACUGGUGAAUGUGACAUUACGUAGUUGCUUUUGGGAUCUGUUAAAAUAGAAGUACUUCUGUGAUCAAAAAGCAGCAGACAGACGGAAGGUAACUGCAGAUGGCUCUACCUGACAUACAGCCACACGUUUAAGGCAGGCAUUGUUUCAGUAAGAAGCUCACGACCAUGUGGGGAAUUCUUCAAGCCAUAGAUGGAAUAAUCUAAAUUCUGAUUCUAGCAUGUAACCUUGCUCUAGUAUGAAAGAGGUACCUUGUGAAUUUGCACUAUUUCAAUUGCUAAUGUUGUGCAGAAUGAAUGCCUUACCUGUUUUGCUCCCCGAUGUUUAGGUUUAUAAGCUUUCUAAUGUUUCGAGUUACGCUGAACCAAAACCAAAAAGCGCUUCCCCCAUCCUCAUUCCAAGGGCAGUCGGAUGGCUGCAGGAUGGCCAGCUCGACAGGAUAGCUGUGUCCCCUUUCGCAGCGCUCAGCAGGAGGUGGCAGAGGUACAGCAGUGACCAUACAGCACCCCCAUACUUUGUUGGGAUGGAACCAUUUGCUGAAUGUGUGUUCCUAGGCAUUACCUUUACUUGUGCAGACUGACCAAGAGACCUUUGAUGCUGAUUGACAAAGUGCGUCAGUCCCUGGGCUGGUUGGACUUGUGUCUGUUGCCCAGAAUGGCAGUCGUUAGGUUAUGAACUCACAGAUCUCAGUGAAGGGUUGGUUAUACAUGUUGUGUAUCAGUCUGAAUUGCGGAUGUUGGAACAAAUGGUCGUUACGUUUGUAAAACCGUGUACAGAAGAUUUUUCACUACGUGCCUGGCUUUGGUGUCCAUUCGGCUGAAAUUAAUCGAGAAGGUGCAUGAAGAGGAGCAGGUAGAAACAAAAAGUAUAUGUAGAGAUGACUAUUUUAUAUUACAUGGCCCAAUCCUGUAUUUAUUUCCCCCCUUUUUUGAAGUAUUUAUAAAGACCUAGUCGAAGACAGCUGUAUUUUUUGUUAAGAUAUUCGGUAGAAUUGUGCCUUUUUGUCCGUACGUGAAUAAAUGCUGUACAUUUUUGCAGUACGCUCACA